ACACACACACACACACACACACACACACACACACACGUCUCCACAAAUGGACAAAAGCUCCGUCUGUGAGUCUGAGGAGAGGAGGCGAGCGAUGCAAACUGGUAACCUUUGUAAAUGUCAGGAGGCGUGUGUGUGUGUGUGUGUGUGUGUGUGUGUGUGUGUGUGUGUGUGUGUGUGUGUGUGUGUGUGUGUGUGUGUGUGUGUGUGUGUGUGUCCUCAUUACUUCUGCUUGCCUCUGCAGUUCUCUCCCCCGAACACGAGCCGAGCCAAGAGCAGGAGCUGAGAUGUUUGUCGCGAUCCCUGCCUCCUGUUAUUGUUUGUGCUCCUCUCUCCUCAGUGACAUCCCGGUGGUCUCUGUGCACCCCCCUGACAGACCUGCUGAGGCCCAGUUAACUGUCACCCAGUCUGAAGCGGAGCUCUGUGACAGCUGCAGCAGCCUGGGCAGACCCUCUUCCUCCUUCCAGCUUUAUCACCAAGUCCCCCAGCGUCUUCAGGCUGGAGACUGUGACUCUCCACAGGUCCCAAAAUGCCCCCACUGCAGCCAUCUUGGGCAGGUCAGACGGUGCAGAUGCCACAGCUGUCCCUCCACCGGUCCCUGUGCAGAAGGAAAGGGUUCUGCCCAUCAGSGGUCCUGCCAUGGUCCGGUGAGAUAUCACUGGCUGAGGGGGUCCAACAAAGACGGGACCCAGAAGCUGAAGCAGAGACYUGUGGUGACAGUGAGGAAUGGAGGACUUUACRGCUUUGUUAAAAAAUAUUCCCAGGUAAUAGUGGAGUAUCCGUCCACAGUCCUUCUGGGUUGUGCUCUGGUUCUGCUGGGGUUCUCACUGGCUGGACUCUUCAUUGGUCCUCUGCCGGACUUCUCUGAUCCCCUGUUGGGCUUCGAGCCGCGGGGAACGUAUCUUGGAGUUCGGCUCUUGAGUUUGUCCAAGCUGCAGGAGAACACCGGCCCCGGGAAAACUCUGUCUGUUUUACCACCGCACCUCAGAGAAAGACCGGCGGAGGUUCCCAGCAGAGGCAGGAACCACAGUUGGGUCACCUCCAGACGUCGGACGAAGAGGAUGCCGGCUGCAGAUUCGUCAAUGGAAACUUUCCUCUGCGAUGCUCCAGGCGAGCGUUUUGCCCAGCUGGUGUUCAGAUCUGAAACCUCAGCCAGUCUCUGGAGUCUGAAGGCGAUCCACACCAUGUGUGAGAUGGAGCAGUCCAGGAUUCGCUCCCAGGCCAAGUUCCAGGAGCUGUGCCAGCAGUACGAGGGCGUGGAGGGCGAGGGGACGUGGAGGAGCGGCUGUUGUCCGAGCUGGUCUCUGGGGAAUUACUUGGCCGUCCUCUCCAACGCCUCCUGCUGCCUCAGCCUCACCUCACAACAGGUUUCGGGGUCUUUAAACCUUCUCCGGAAAUGUGCCCCGUCCUAUCACAGAGGAGAUCUGGUGGAGGCCUGCGUGGAGAGACCCAAACAUGGCAGCUGCUCCUUGGUUCCCCCCAGCUGUAAACAGUCCCACGCCGUGUUCCAAAUCCUGCACUUCCUCGUCGACAAAGACUUCCUCAGUCCGCAGACGGUGGAAUACCAGAUCCCGACGCUGAAAUACAGCCUUCUGUUUCUACCCGUGGACAAAGGAGAGCACAUGAUGGAGAUCUACAUGAACAGUCUGGAAGGCAGGGAUCUGACCUACAACAACACAACUAUWACUGGGAUAGACUUUGGCAUCAAGAAAACCCUGUUCAAAUAUUACCUGCUGAGAGACCUGGUAUACCCAGUCUUAGCUAUUUUAUCMAUUUUGCUCACCAUGGUUUUAUAUCUCCACUCUUUCUUUAUAGUAGCAGUGUCUAUUCUGGCAAUCACAGCUUCACUUCUAACCUCCUAUUUCUUUUACAAAGUUGCGUUUCGCCUGGCUUUCUUUCCCACUGUCAACYUCUCAGCAGCUCUGAUUCUCUUAGGAAGCUGCUCCAAUCACGCGUUUGUCUUCUCCGACUUCUGGAACCAGCAGCUUACYCAGAACCCCUCAGCCUCCCUGGAGAAGAGAGUAAACAGAGCCUUACAGGAAAUGGGCUAUUUGAUUUUAGCUUCAGGGCUAACCUCCAGCGCGGCGUUUUUCUCCGGUUAUCUCAGCAGCAUCACAGCAAUUAGGUGCUUCUCCGUUUAUCUGGGAAUUUCCUCUCUUGUCAGCUCGCUGCUGGCUUUGGCGUGGCUGCCGUGCGUGUUCGUUCUGUGCGAGCGCCACGGAGGGUCACCCGCGGCGUCGGCGUGGAAGCUCUGCUGUUCCAACAACACAAGCGGCUUCUGGGGUACGAYUUCCCACAAGAGGUGCAUCUUCAGCGUCACGCAGAAGCUGAGAGAGAUAAAACAGGCUCUCUUCGACAUGUCUGAUUUACUGUUCCUGAAAAUCCUGCCCCGRGGGGUUGUGAAGUUCCGGUACAUCUGGGUGUGCUGGUUCGUGGCGCUGGCUGCCGGGGGCACCUACAUGUCCUGCGUGGACCCGGGCAUGAAGAUGCCUGCGCUCGACGGCUGGGCCGUACAGCUGUUCCGCUCCAGCCACCCGUUCGAACGUUACGACGCAGAGUAUCGCCACGUGUUCAUGUUCGAGAGGCAGAGCAACGGGGAGGACAAACCCCUUACGUUGACGCUCGUUUGGGGGGUCAAACCCACCGAUAACGGGGAUCACUUUAACCCAAACAGCAACGGCUCUUUAGUCCUKGACUCUGACUUCAACAUGAGUCGACCUGAAGCUCAGGUUUGGUUGAGGGAUCUGUGUAGACGGGUCCAGAACCAAAGCUUUUAUUGCCCUCCAUCGCCUGAGAGRAAAGAUGAUAARAUUUGUCUGGUGGAGCAGCUGGUGKGCUGGAUUUCUGUCCGGCGGUGCUCGGAGAAUGACGACGCCCUUCACUUCUGCUGUGACAUCCCUUUCCCCUAUCCUCCCGCUGUCUUUGAGCGCUGCCURGGCUCCAUGCUGGCAGAGAAUUACGCCGAGGGCCAAACCGCAAAUGGCGGAGGCGUGUUCUUCCAAGCAGACGGCAGGAUUGCUGCACUCGUGUUGGCGUUCAAAACUACGCACCUCUACAGCUUCAACUUCAGCAGAACCGGCAUUUUUUACUGGGAAUUCCUGGCAUGGUUUAACACGGAGAUGUCAGGAGCGCCGCAGGGUCUGGAGAACGGCUGGUUUGUCAGUCAGCUGUCUCUCUUUGACCUGCAGCAGUCUUUAAGUUCAGAGACUCUGGUUGUCGCCGGAUUCUCUGUAGCUCUCACACUUGUUUUGUUUCUUUCGACCACCUGGAACAUUCCUCUGAGCAUCUACGCGACGGUCGCUGUCGGAGGGAGCAUGUUCGUCACCGUCGGCCUCCUCGUUCUUCUCGAGUGGCAGCUGAGCGGCAUCGAGGCCCUGUUCAUAUCCUCAGCAGCGGGGUUGUCCGUUGACUUUGUCAUGAACUACUGCGUGUCCUACAGCCUGGCUCCUCAUUCGGACAGGAUUGGGAAGGUCGCGCACGCCACCAAGAAGAUGGGACGUCCCGUGGCCAUCGUUUCCGGGUUCUUCUUCUUCACGGGGAUCRUCAUGUUACCCGCCACGGCCUUGCACUUCAGAAAAACCGGGAUUUUUUUGUUUCUGGUGAAAUACAUGGCGUGCGGAUUCGCCACCUUCUUCUUCCAGUCCCUGUGCUGCUUCUUCGGACCCAGAGGCAACUGCGGCACGAAUGCGCUGCCGUGUCUGUCGGCGAUGAGGGAUGCUUUCUCYGAACCCUCGCCGGCGUCGUCUGCCAAUGGCGCCUUUGGCGGAUCGAGAGGGGGGAGGAGGGGUCACGACAAAGAYGCGGGAGGUUACCCCAGCCACCGGCGUCAUCCCCAGCAGAGACAGGCCGGAGGCGCGGGGGCAGAGCAGUACGAGCUGCAGCCGUUGGCCUACCGCCUGAGCGACAGCUUUGAGAACAGCACGUGCACCAGCAAGCUGUCCAACCGGCCCUCGGUGCUCUCAGAUGAGAUCGAGUUCAGUGCAGACGUGGAGAGGAGUGGCAUGGGUAGAGAGAGCGAAGAGAUGGGUCAACYACUGCCGGCCGUCCAGACUUCGUCUCCUUACAGAGAAAAUGCAGUCCGCUCUGUAGCCCUGCUGCACACAGACCCCUCUACAGGAAGGCUGCUGUGUAAACCCUGGACAGCCCCGUCUGUUGGGGUAAAGAAGUGGAGCUCCUCCUCCUCAUCUUCAAGCCUAGAGGAGACCAUCAUCAGCCACACGAUGGAGACCACUGACCAGCCUUCUGUGAGUAAGGACACGAGUCAGAGUGCCCACAAGGAGACCCUCUCCUCCCGGUCUCAGAGCUCCUGUGAGGGUCCGGAGGACUCCUGUGAAACAUGUCUGAGUGACGCUGAGGCCGGGCCUUCCAACCUGCAGCUGCAACCGGGACGCCUCAACGGGAAGAGAGACACGCUGAGGCUGUCCCUGAAGGAAACUGUUUACGAAAUGAGCGCAGGCCGCAACGAGGAGGCGGUCAUUUUACCUAAUAGCAAACCGGAUUUACCAGAUGUUUGGAUCAAACGAGACGGACAAGGAGAGGAUGCGUGAUGAUCCACCGCUCCUAAUUCACACAACACAGUGGAAACUGUUGUUUUUGUCAAAUUCUUUAGGGGGAAAUAAAAGCCACUUGUACAGCCUGACAGCAUGGUUUUAAUAUUGUUAUCAAUGAGGUCAGAGGUCACAGCUGUGCGUCACUUGAAAAUACGACUGUUAAACUUCUGAAGCUAAACUUUCUGCAUGGAUCAGUUUUAACUCAGAGCUCCAGGUUUUUAUUCUCCCCAAUGAGCUGUUUAUAUUCAUGACCUUUUGUUUGUUUGUUUGUUUGUUUGUUUGUUUCUGGUCUGUUAACUUCAGUGUUAAAUGUGUUUAUGUUGUGGGAAUUUGCAAAAUCUUCAAGUUUUCCACAUCUUUAUAUUUUACAGUUUGGCUCUCAAAUCAAAAUAAUUUUUCCAACACAAAUUAGUCAUUUUUAUUGCACAAAACAUAAUUUUGACCUAUUUUACAGACAAAUUUAAUCUUUAUAACAUAUUAAUAAAACAAUGUUUUAUAUAGAAGUUCUAUU